AUGGUUGCUACCACUGAUAUCGAGGCCAAUGUUCCGCCUCAAGAGGACGUGGAUCUUACUGAUGACCAGAUUCAACAACUGUUGCUGGAAGCAGAGGCCCGACUGCGCGGUUCAGACACCCAGAUCGCCCAGGCCAACGAUGCCGCUUCCCUGAGGAUUCCCAAGCUGUCCGCCAGCUCCACUUUAGAGCCCUACCUGCGUCCGAGUGGUGAAGGGAUUGCUACCGCUGAUUCGGCCCAGCUCAUUGAUCUCAAGCAAAAGGAGCUGGCCAACUCUCUCCGGUCCGUUCAGACAAAGAACUCUGCAAAGAAGGACAAAGCUACCGCCGGACCUGACUGGUUCAACCUUCCCAAGACCGAGUUGACCCCAGGUCUCAAGAGAGACCUGCAACUGAUUCGGAUGCGUUCGGUGCUGGACCCUAAGAGACACUACAAGAAGGAGAAUGGCAAGGCCAAGCCUCCUGAGUUCUCGCAGGUUGGCACAAUUAUCCAGGGCCCGACAGAGUUCUUCAGUAGCCGAAUCGCCAAGAAGGACCGCAAGAAGAACUUUGUCGAGGAGACGCUGGCGCUGGAGCGGGAGAACAGGCGUUUCGAGUCCAAGUACCGCGACAUCCAAGCCACCAAGACGAGCGGAAAGAAGGCCUUCUACAAAAACCUACAAGCCAAGCGAACCCGGAAGAUCAAGUGA